UUUAUUUCAAUAUCGCUUCCCAUUCCUCAAAAAUUAUUGCCUCUCAUCUUUCAACCCAAACAUCUCCUCAUCUCCAAUACCCCAAUCUCCCAUUUCUAUCUCCAUAGUUUUCAGAAAAUGGAUAAAAUCCCAGUCAAGAAGUCUACUUUACAGAAGAUAAUCAAAGAUUUUACUGCAGUGAAAUCCCAGUUUUGGACUCUGAAGGCUGAAUACAAGUAAAUUACAGCAGGAAUUUGUGAAUGGGAAUAUAAGGAGAGCAAAGCAGGCUGAUGUCUUGUUAGAGCAAUCUAAAGACUUUCAUCUCCAGCAUUUAUAGUCGAUAUUUGAGAAUCAACAAAACUCAUUAUUAACAUAAUAACUGAGUUUUCUAAUGAAUCUGGAGGAACAAAACAAGGAGAGCUUCCGAAAGUUUUAGAAGAAGCAAUGAAAGAGGUGCUCAAUUUACAGAAACAUUUGAUGAGAUUUACAAUUGAUUGCUACAAAACCCAUAAGACUGAUGCUACAACUAUUGAGCUUUAUGGAGACUUUAAUGAUUCUCAACCUGGACAAAGCAUUCAAGGGCAAGGAGAGGUGAAGUUACAAGAAAAGUUCAGAAAAGGUAGGAAUGCAAGUCAUUCUGAUAAAAAGAAGCUGCCGCUUUUGCAAUCAGAUAAAGGAAGUGAUCACAACGACAUUAUUGAACAUCACAUAGCCCAAAACUCCAGCAGCGAUGAAAUCUUCUUAGACGAUGAUGAAGAUGAAUCAUUCUCAUCUUUGAUUCCAGAGUCUGCAAAGGAUAGUAAUAUCGAAGAAAUCAAACUAAAUUCUAAUUUCAAGCUGAAGUCUUCUGAAAAGGAGAAUCUAGAAGAUGUAUCAUAUACCGAAUUAAUGGCAGUCUCAAACAUCUCUAAAGAAACGAAAACAUCAGGAAUGACUGCAAAGCUUCGUCGGCUGAUUCAAGAAGAUUACAAAAUUUUCAGAAAAAACAAAGCGAAGGAAUUGGACUCCAUGAGGAGCGUGACUUCUGUGAUUAAGACUGACCCUCAAGGAUCAAUCACCCUGACUAAAUCAAAAAGACAUAGGAAGAACUCAUUAAAUAAAAUUGAAUUUGAAAAUUCUGACGAGAAGGGAUCACCAAAGAUCAGAAAACAGAAAGAAUUGGACUUCUCACUCACGGAAAUAAACAAGAUUUUGGAUAAAACUCAGGAGAAUGGCAAGGAAGAAACUGAUGUCCAUCAUAACUUUUUGGUUACCCUGUGACAUCAGAAUAAGAAUUUAAAUGAUCAUAGCUUUAAGAGUUUUAAUUAUGAACCAAAAGAGAAAAUGGUAGGGACUGAUGAGCUCAAACCGCAAGAGAGGAGCUAUAAAUCUAAAUUGAGAGAUUACCCAUUGGAAUCAGCGAAAGAAACUUAUGACCUAUACUCGAUGAAGCUUGAAAAAUCUCAAAAUCAAAUUCAGCAACUCAAAAAUAAGCGAUUAAAUAAUCAAAACAUAUCACAACUUACAGAAGAACUUAAAGAACAGAUUAAACCUCCUCAGAACUCAGCAGAAAUUGCUAAAAACCAUCUCUCCAUUGACCGAAGUUCAGUGUUUGACAUCACCGAAAAAUACUCAAAAGAGAACAUCCUCCCAAACCUCUAAAUAAGCCACAAGGUUCUCCUGAUGCUCCCAAACCAAGUGUCCAGUUUAUCAUCAACAAGAAAUGUAAAAUAAAGCAAAGGAUUAAAAGACAGAAGAAGAACGCUAAACCAACAUUUGAUAGCUUCACCAACAGGCCUACAAUGGAAAGGUACUCCAUUAACAAAUCCUUCUGUAUCAAGAACCCAAUUGCAUCAGCGAGAGUGGUAAACCAGAUUCACCAGAAGAGAAGCUCUAAUGUAGAUUUCCAGCGCAAAGAGUCUCUGUCUCGGUUUAAAAACAGACAUCUUAGUUCUAGACGUCAACGAGUAGAUUACUCUAAUAGCUCAUUCUCAAAUGGGCUUCCUUAUGAGGCUCAUCAUUCUCAGGAUCAGAAUGUAGCUGGGAAAAAGUUCUCCACAAAUCUUCAUUCAAGGCAUAUGAGUCAUAGUUCAAUCCGAAAUCGCAAUCUUAUAGUAAAUGUCCAAGUCAUGGAAUCUAACUCAAGCAGCUACCUUCCAGAUGGAGUUCAGAGAAGAGGAGGUUCAUAUGCAUCAGCAGAUAGAUACAAGAACAAGCCUAUUAAGAAUUCUGCAAAGAAAAUGCAGCUCAAGAGUAGACAUAAGAACAGCAUUGCUGAAGGCAUAAAACAUUUGAAAAUGAUAUCAGAGGCAAAGAGCAAAAGGAACAAUCGGAAGAUAAUGGAAGGCAGGAAGUCUAAUCGAAACAAGCCUGAUUAUCAUAAUUUUUCUCAGUACAACAACUAUGUUAGGAAAUCCGAAAAGUUCAAAGUCCUUGGAAAAGAGAUAAGCAUCCCACUUAAGAAAAGCAAGAAUGUAAUUGAGGGACCAUAUUCAAGCAGGGUGCAUAGAAAUAGUCCUUAUAGGGCCAGAUCAAAGAAGGCCAAGCCUAGUAAGAGCAAGCGGAAUCUUUAGG